CCAUUUCACUUCCCGUCUGCACUGCUCUCUGAAGCAGAGGGGCUUCGCAGCUAUGGCGGCUCUUCUGCGCUGUGCUUCUAAGAGCCAGAGCUACACCUCCCUCUGUGAUGGAACCAGAAGGUUCACGGUGGCGAUGGCGGCGGCUUUUUCUCAUCCCGUCAAUAAAAGGCCAUUCGACAACCUUAUCCAAGUGAGAUCAAUAAGUAGUCCCUCCGUGUCUCUUGGUGGGUUCAGUGAGAUGGCUCUUGGAAACAAGCGGAAGUACUACAUGAUAGGUGGGAAGGGCGGUGUUGGCAAAACGAGCUGUGCCGCUUCCCUCGCAGUGAAGUUUGCUAACAGUGGGCACCCCACCAUUGUGAUCUCAACUGACCCUGCUCACUCAUUGAGUGAUUCCUUCUCUCAGGAUCUGUCGGGAGGUGACCCUGUACCUGUGGAAGGAGUUGACUCUCCACUUUAUGCUCUCGAGAUAGUUCCAGAUAAACUUAAACUUAAGGAAGAUCUCCAAAGCUCAACACAAGGAGGUGGUAGUGCUGGCAUCAAAGAUUUGAUGGACAGCAUGGGCCUUGGAGCAAUGUUUGAUCAGUUAGGGGAUCUUAAGUUUGAGGAACUGAUGGACAAUCCUCCUCCAGGUAUGGAUGAAAUCGUUGCCAUUUCCAAGGUUAUGGGCUUACUCGAGUCUCCAUCAUAUAGCAUGUUCUCUCGCAUUGUAUUUGAUACAGCACCGACGGGCCACACUCUCCGACUUCUAUCUCUGCCUGACUUCAUGGAUUCAUCACUUGGCAAAAUGAUGAAGCUUCAGAAGAAGCUAGCUUCAGCUAGUGCAGCCAUCAAAUCUGUUCUUGGGAAACAGGAGAAGCAGCUGGAUACUCCUGAUCAAUUGGAGCUACUUUGGGGGUGCACCAGAAAAGUUCGAGAUCUCUUUCAUGACCCGGACGCCAUGGAGUUCAUCAUAGUAACAAUUCCUACGGUUAUGGCCGUAAGCGAGUCGGCGAGAUUGUGUAGGUCCUUGAGGAAGGAAAAUGUCCCGACACGGAGACUACUACUGAAUCAGGUCCUUCCCCCAUCUUCAUCGGACUGCAAGUUCUGUGCCAUGAAAAGGAAGGAGCAAAUGAAUGCACUGAAUUUGGUGCGAAAUGAUCCAGAACUUUCCCGUUUGAGCUUGAUCGACGCAACCCUGUUCGAUGCAGAGAUAAGAGGUGUCCCAGCUCUUAAUUUCAUGGGGAAUUCAAUUUGGAAGUAAAUCUUGGCAAUGGUCGUCCCUGGCCCCAACCUGCCGAUUAGAAUUGGAGUUUUUGGGUUCACUUAGUUAGGCUAACGUGAUUUUGGAAAAUGGAAGAAGAUGAGAGCAGUCUUAGUUGCACUUUAUGGGUCCGUCUCUCCGAAAUCGGACCUCAAUAGUUUAUAUGACAUGUACAUUUAUAACUCGACACUCUUUUGCUCUUUUGAUGGUUUAUAUAUUUUCGCUCUUUUCUCAACAA